CGUCUUUCAUAUUCGGCCAUUUUGGAUUAAAGCGUUGAAGCGCAGGCGAACAAAAUGGCGUCUUGAGUUCAGUUGAAUUCACGCGCCUCUUAAAAGUUACAGAAAAUAUCCAUGAUUUAUAUGUUUCCCCCUCCACGUUUGAAUUGAAUCAGCGUCCAGGCUAGGCUGAUGUUUGUGGAUUUAUAGGCGUGUAAAUCAAAGAUGUUUGUGGCGAAAAGCAUCGCGGCGGAUCAUAAAGAUCUCAUUCAUGAUGUUUCUUACGACUUCCACGGCCGCAGGAUGGCCACUUGCUCCAGUGACCAAAGCGUCAAGGUUUGGGAUAAAAGUGACAGCGGCGAGUGGCAAUGCACAGCAAGCUGGAAGACUCACAGUGGCUCGGUGUGGCGUGUGACGUGGGCUCACCCGGAGUUCGGUCAGGUUUUAGCGUCCUGUUCCUUUGACCGCACCGCCGCGGUUUGGGAGGAGAUAGUCGGAGAGUCGAACGAUAAACAGCGUGGCCUCAGUCACUGGAUUAAGAGGACGACGCUGGUGGACAGCAGGACGUCGGUGACGGAUGUGAAGUUCGCACCGAAGCACAUGGGUCUGGUCCUGGCCACGUGCUCGGCUGACGGCGUGGUCCGUAUCUACGAAGCUCCGGACGUGAUGAACCUGAGUCAGUGGAGCCUCCAGCACGAGAUCUCCUGCAAACUCUCCUGCUCCUGCAUCUCCUGGAACCCCUCCAGCUCACGUGCACACUCUCCUAUGAUCGCAGUCGGCAGUGACGACAACAACGUGACCUACACCGGAAAAGUGCAGAUCUACGAGUACAACGAAAACACCAGGAAGUACGCCAAAGCAGAAACCCUGAUGACCGUCACGGAUCCGGUCCACGACAUCGCCUUCGCCCCGAACCUCGGCAGGUCCUUCCACGUCCUCGCCAUAGCAACCAAAGACGUGCGCAUUUUCAAGCUGGUGCCUCUGCGGAGAGAGAGCUCCACCAGCUCCGGCACCACCAAGUUCGAAGUGCAGUUAAUGGCUCAGUUCGACAGUCACAACUCUCAGGUGUGGCGCGUGAGCUGGAACAUCACCAGCACGCUGCUCGCCUCGUCAGGGGACGACGGCUGCGUCCGACUCUGGAAAGCUAACUACAUGGAUAACUGGAAGUGCACAGGGAUCCUACGGGGAGAUGGAAGCCCGGUGAACGGCUCCUCGGUCUCGACCGCCGCUCUGAACGCCUCCACGGCUUCAGGAGCUCAGAACACGGGCGUGGGAGCUGCCGGCGCGGGCAGAAAAAAGACUCAACUGAUGCCAGGCUAACGGGGAUUGGCUGUUUGCUGCAUGCUCCACACACACACACUCUCUCUCACACACGCACGCACGCACGCACGCACGCAAGUCUUCGUUCCCCUCCACAAUCACCUCAGGCGACUGCUGAGAGUGAAUAACGGACCAUACACACAGUGUGUGUGUGUUAAUGUUCCACUGACACUGAGAGAUGUCAAACAUCAUGUUUUUAUGUUUAAAAAAAAAUGGUUCUGUUUAUUCUGUCACUUUCUAAAUACUUUGGUUGUUAAUAAAUAAAUAAAUGACUCCAUGUGCAAAAUGGUUGAUUAAAUAAAGCAAUAAAUGAAAGCUGCGGUGAUUUGAUUCCAAUUAUAAUCUAAUCAAUUCAAACCAUUUUACAAAUAAAUUAUAGUAAAUAAACUAAGAAGGUUGCGUCACCUGGAGACAAACUGCUAACAGAACUCUAAACUUUCAGUACAUAAAUUGCUGAUUUAUUUAUUGCUUUAAUCUUUUAUCUGUGGGUUUUGCUCAUUUUUACUUAUUAGGUUUUCUGCUGAUGAUGAGGAAUGUGAUCUAAUCGGGGAUGGAGAGUGAAUUAUAUAAAUGACGUCAUGACGUUAUAAAUAAAAGAAAGACGGUUCUUGAGCGUCACGGUGUGUUUACUGAUGCCGAGAGCUCUGAAUAUCUCAUUCUUCUGGGAUGUGUGAAAUAUCCACAUUCUCCUUCACUUAUUAUUAUUAUUAUUAUUAUUAUUUGGUAUAGUUCAUGCGUUUGGGAAGUUUGUGGUGUUAUCACUCAUUAACACAUUAAUCGACUAAACCCCUGCAGUGUGGAUUGAUUUCCUGAUGUGUGUGUGGAGUGUAGUUACACAUCACUAACAGCAGAGGGAGACGCUGAGCCCACGUCAUCUCCCGCUUUUCACUUUCACUCCACAUCACACACUGCAGCUGAACAGUCUCAACAUGAAUCCAGCUCUUAUUUCAUCACUUAUUAUCAUUAUCAUUAUUAUCAUUUCUAAAACUA